CAUCCCUUAUCUGUCCAACAUAGGUUUCACGCAGCCACGCGCUCCCAUGAUAGAAUUGGCGGCGCGGCCAUGGCAGCACUCUUGCUCCCGGACGACCUCCUCCUCGAGAUCCUCAUCCGCGUGAAGGAUGCGGCUGCCCUGUUCCGAUGUGCCACGACGUGCAAGCAGUGGUGCCAUCUCAUCGCCGAUCUGUCCUUUCUUCGACGCCGCUGGCCACAAGACGCCAACCACUCAUCCUCCACCUUCGUCGGCUUCCUCACCAUGGGCGACAACGGCUAUGCCAUUCUAACCGGUGCGGAUUGCUGGUCCGACUGUGAGUCAUCGCAGCCGGUUGAGCCGCACAACUCGUCUUUCUUCAAAGUCGUAAUCGUCGGCUCGGGCUGCCAUGAUGUCAAGUAUAGUGUCUAUGUGUUCUCGUCUGACAAAGGAAGCUGGAGUGUCGUGCAUACCAAUUUCUUGGACAUUACUCAAGAAUCGGGCCACUACAGGCUGUUUAGCGAUGCCAUUGUGUGCCGUGGCAUGGCACAAUGGGUAUUUAUUUAUACCGCAGAACAAUAUUUUCGUGUCAUAAGUCUGAAUGCCCGGACGGGCAACAUCUCUACCACAAAGCACCGUUUCAAAAUUAAUUACGACUUCCUCCAGACUAACCCGUGCCUUGCUCUAGCCAUGGAUGAGAGACUAUCACUGGUAAGUACUCAAUGGAAAAUUCCCCAACUGGGUAUCUGGCAACAAAAAGAAAACCAACAAAAUAUUAAAGCUACAUCCGAAUGGCUAUGCACCCGGACCAUCGAGCUAAAACUACUUGAGAAGAUGACUCGAGGAAGAGAGCUACGUGUCUUGGGGGAGAAGUGCGGCACACUGCUCAUUUGCGACGACGACCGCAAGCUCAUUUACACCAUCGCCCUCGAAACUGGGACGAUUGAGGAGGUGGAGGAUUGGCCACGUGGUGUCCACAUAUCCCCGUCGGAUGCCAUAGCCAUGGAGAUUGAGUGGCCUGCAAUCUUCGUUUCUCGGCUUACAAGGGAGUUCAAGUGUGCCCUGCCACCUCCAAAUGACGAGACAACACCAACGAUUAAAAGGUGGCAUCGAAAAAGAAGCAGCAAUAUGAAGGGUAUGGUCCACAGCAGCAUACCAAAGAAGGUGAAGCAGCAUGGCGCGGCGGCAUAAGGAACUGGAUUCAUUCUUUAUUAUUACUAGAAGAACGCCCGUGCGUUGCA